CUCGGCUGCACUGCCCAAGCUAUCAUUUUUGUUGCUGUCUGGCUACGUCUGGUAGCUUUGGCUGGCGGGAGGACCCCCCUCAACAAUAUUUCUUUUUGAUCCCUCGACUGUCCUGGAAGUUUUUUGUUGCUCUUCUCCCGUACAGUAUCUUCUGCGACUCGCUCAUUCUGUUGUCCUGCUGCAUUUUCCAUAGACCAGAGAUCCUAGAUCAAGAUGGGUUCCGCAAGUCUUCCCUCCCAAAUGAAGGCGUUGAAGUACGAUGAGCCAGAAAAGUUCAGCGUCGUCGAGGUCCCUCUCCCCAAGCUCCGUGAACAUGACAUCCUGAUCAAGGUCAAGGCUUGCGGUGUCUGCGGCACUGACCUGCACAUCCACGAGGGUGAAUUCUUGGCCAAGUUCCCCUUGAUCCCUGGCCACGAGACCGUCGGCGUCGUUGCAGCCCUCGGGCCCAAAGUCAAGGGGUUCGAAGUUGGUCAGCGGGUGGUUGCAGACAACUCCGAACUCUGUGGAGAAUGCUUCUAUUGCCGUCGCGGUGAGGAGCUUCUUUGCGAAGAUUUCCAAGCUCAUGGUGUGACCAUGGAUGGUGGCUUUGCCGAGUAUUGCGCAUACCCUGCCAAACGAGUCUUCCCCAUCAAGAACCUGUCCGAUGUUGACGCCACCCUCCUCGAGCCCGCCUCCUGCGCCGCCCACGGUCUGGAUAAGAUUGCACCCAAGAUGGGCUCCAGUGUGCUCAUGUUCGGUGCGGGACCUACGGGUCUCGUCCUGACACAGAUGCUCCGCCAGAACGGUGGUUGCCAUGUUGUCAUUGCAGCGCCUGAGGGACUGAAGAUGAACCUCGCCAAGUCCCUGGAUGCCGCUGAUGAGUAUGUUGAGCUGUCCCGAAAGGACCCCGGCCCGCAGUUCGAAAAGAUCAAGAGAGAGAAUCCUUAUGGCUUCGACGUUGUUGUUGAAGCCACGGGCAGCGUUAAGAUCUUGGAAGACUCGAUCAACUAUGUGCGAAGAGGCGGCAAGCUUGUGGUGUAUGGCGUCUACGGCAACAAGGACCGUGUGUCGUGGCCACCGACCAAGAUCUUCGGUGACGAAAUCACCAUCCUCGGGUCGUUCAGUGAGACGUACAAGUUCCCUGCUGCCAUCGACUAUCUUGACUCGGGCAAGGUCAAGGUCGCAGGCAUCGUGAACAAGACAUUCAAGCUGGAGCAGUGGGCCGAGUGUCUGGAGUCGAUGAAGAACAAGAGUGCCAUUAAGGCAGCCAUUGUUUUCGAUUAGAGGAGCGCGUCACAAAUGUAGACGGCAGGUCUCGGCAGUAGGCGAAUCUGUAAGGGCUGUAGACGGCUCUGUCUUCGAACUGAGGGUCAUAGGUGUCUUGGAGAUCAAGUUCUCCUACGGUCGGUAGGGGAGUGGCAAGGGAAAAGGCGCAGGAAUGAGUUGUCGAGACGGUGUAGAAAUGGUCAAGCCACUAUUAUUUGAUCCCAGAUCCUUUGAACGUUUCGUGU